GCUAGCGGCCCAUGAUGUGUCUGGAAAGCGACGGCUCCUCCGGCAGCAGCCCGGGCUGCGGCGGGCGGCUCCGAGCCGGGGACGAAGAGGAGGAAGAGGACGGCGAACGGGGCUGCUGCGGUCGGGGCGCCGAGGGAGAAGUGCAGACCCUAUCGGGCAGGAUGAACCCGCCGGCGGUCGGCAAACGCCCGGAGCGCCCGAUCGUCCGCCGCAAGGCACCCAGCCUCGGCCGGGCCCGGGUGGCGGCCGCCGGCAUCCUCAGCGUGGGCAACGUGCUCAACUACCUGGACCGGUACACGGUGGCAGGUGUGUUGUUAGACAUCCAGCAGCACUUUGGAGUCAAAGACAGCGGGGCUGGCUUAUUACAGACAGUUUUCAUCUGUAGCUUCAUGGUGGCAGCGCCUAUCUUUGGUUACCUUGGUGACCGUUUCAACAGAAAGAUCAUUCUCAGCUGUGGGAUCUUCUUUUGGUCAGCUGUCACUUUUUCAAGCUCCUUCAUCACUGAGCAGUAUUUCUGGCUUCUUGUACUCUCACGGGGUUUGGUUGGCAUUGGUGAAGCAAGUUACUCAACUAUAGCUCCAACCAUCAUAGGAGACCUUUUCAACAAAAACACCAGGACCCUUAUGCUGUCUGUUUUCUAUUUUGCAAUUCCUCUUGGCAGUGGCUUGGGAUACAUCACUGGAUCAAGUGUGAAGCAGGUUGCUGGAGACUGGCACUGGGCGUUGCGGGUAUCUCCACUCUUAGGAAUGAUAACAGGCACACUCAUCUUGAUAUUUGUACCUGCUGCUAAAAGAGGAAAUGUUGAACAACUUGGGGGACAGCUGAAGGCUCGGACCUCAUGGCUAAGAGACAUGAAGGCACUGAUUAGAAACCGCAGCUACGUGUUCUCAUCAUUGGCCACCUCAGCUGUUUCCUUUGCCACCGGGGCCCUUGGCAUGUGGAUCCCCCUCUACCUUCACAGAGCACAAGUUGUGCAGAAGACAGCAGAGACUUGCAGCUCGCAGCCCUGUGGCACCAAAGAUAGCUUGAUCUUCGGAGCAAUCACGUGCUUCACUGGUUUCCUGGGUGUAAUCACAGGGGCUGGGGCAACCAAAUGGUGUCGGUUAAAAACCCAGCGGGCUGAUCCUCUUGUCUGUGCUGUUGGCAUGCUAGGAUCAGCCAUCUUCAUCUGUCUGAUCUUUGUCGCUGCCAAGAGCAGCAUUGUGGGAGCCUAUAUUUGCAUUUUUAUCGGAGAAACUCUUCUGUUUUCAAACUGGGCUAUCACAGCAGACAUACUAAUGUAUGUGGUCAUCCCAACACGCCGUGCAACCGCCGUGGCCUUGCAGAGUUUCACUUCGCACCUUCUGGGAGAUGCUGGCAGUCCUUAUCUGAUUGGAUUUAUCUCAGAUCUGAUACGACAAAGCACAAAGGAGUCCCCGCUCUGGGAGUUCCUCAGCUUGGGGUAUGCACUCAUGCUCUGCCCAUUUGUCGUUGUCCUAGGAGGGAUGUUUUUCCUGGCCACAGCCCUAUUCUUCCUCAGUGACCGAGCCAAAGCUGAACAACAGGUGAACCAACUUGUGAUGCCACCAGCCUCUGUGAAAGUCUGAGAUGUUGAAGGUGAAGGAAACCACGUGUGGACUCCUGCUUCCAGCAACAGUCUCAAGCUCAAAGCCCUUCCACACUGGAAAACGGUGGCUCCCUCAGCUCCACGCCACCCUGGAAGGGCUACAUAGCAGCACCAAAUCCACCACGCCACUCCAGCCUGCAGGGUCAGGCACCAGGAGAUGAGCAGGGCAGCCUGGAACACAGUGCUUCUUGAGCAUAAGGACAUUACAGGUUCCUCUGAGCAUCUAAAGCAACUCUCCACUGGACCCAAGUGAGUGACUGUAGAUUGUGUAAAUGGUUUUAGUUGUAGCCAAUGAAGUCCACAUUGUUACAGGACUUCUGUCCUACUGAAUGCUGCUGUUCUGCCAGCACUCCCACACCCAGAGACUGCACUAGUUGGGGACCUAUUCUGUACAUCACUUUUUCUUUAACACUGAAGGCUCAAUUUAGAUUAUUAUUUUUUAUUUAAAUAUGUCCUAAGAUGCUUUAUCUGCUAAAGACAUUAGAUGACAGAUAUAUAUAUAUAUAUAUAUAUAUUUAGAUGAACAGUUUUUAUUUAAACAUUUGAAAUCUGGAGCUGCCUGUGUAACCAUACCAGACAUGAAUACGUCCACAACUCUCCUCAUCUCAGUGCCCUGGUAUCAGGUCCUAGAAGGACACCACAGGAAGAGUUCCCAUGGUGGAUGGAACCUGUCACCUGAGGCUGAGCAACAGGACAGAGGAGAGAGUUGCAUUGCACUGGGUGUGCUGGUGGUUGUUACAGAAAGGCCCCAAACUUUGGACAGAAAUACUAGGGGCUCCAGAUUUUGCUCAGUAUACUACAUUCAGCCUUGCCUAGGAGGUUCACAGGUUUAUAAAAUACCAAAAUCCAUCUGGCUGAAUUGCUUUACCAAUGGCCUGGUAGUGCAAUACUGCUGUGCCAGUAACAUCAUGCUUUGUUUACAUGCAUAUCAUGUUACGUGUAUUGUCAGUGCUAAUUCUCCCUCAUCAGUAUUUUCUGAGCAGGCAGCUGAUACUCUACAGUGCUGUUCCCUUUGGGGCAAUGGUUAGGUCAUGCAUGUCCAUCUCCACACACUGUCCUAGACUGCUCUUAGUGGGGUGCCUCUUAAUGAUUUAUCUUCAAGACACAAGGCCAGUGUCUGAACUCUGUAGAAGAGUUUCAAAUGCAGAAGAGUGUGGCUGUAAAGCAGCCAGAGCAUCAUUUCACAGGGUCUUGUUUCUUGCACUUGACCUCCACAAGCCGAAUUUAUGCUGCGCCAGCUUAAUGCUGCAAGAGUGACAGGAAGGAAGGAGAGCACGGAGAGCACAGGCCCUGGAGAGAGUCAGGCUUCCAGAGAAAGGGCGUUUGUUCAGUGAACUUCUCACUCCCUUUUUCUGUUCAGAUGUCUCCCAGAAGUCAGACUUUCCAGACCUCCUUCCAGGUUAGGCACCCAGACACUUUGGGUGUACCUCACUCGUGUUCAUGUACAAUAAGCAACUGUGGUUAAGCUGCAAGUAUGACUAAAUCAGCAAAGGAAAUGGAAAACUGGGACUGGAUGUGAGUUUCAUCUCCAAGAUGGCUGUUCUGUUGUGCUGUAGCUUUGUUCAGACAUAAGAAAGGUAUAGAUAGUAAAUCUGGGUUUUAUCUCCAGUUCACUUCCAGGAUGUGCUGCAAUCUACAGCAAAGCAUUGUAGUAGAGAUGGUUGCUAACUCCACCAAACUAGUCACUAUUCCUACACUGCCAGUGUUAUGAGGGUGAUUCCUAUAAAAAUCUGAGCAUUUCCUCUUCAUCUGUUACGUAAAAUGGUUAAACAAUGGCUCUAGAGUUGGCUGAACAACUAAGCCAGAAAUUUUCCUUGAGUGCCUGGGCAUCUUCUGGGAAACAGCAAGUGGAUGUUAGAAAAAAUAACAAAAAGAAAAUCCAAAGCAAUUUUUUGUUUCCCACCUUAUGCCCCUAUUUACAUUUGCAGGGGAAAUACCAACACUGUAGAAGCCAAAUACUUGGCUUUAAAGGCACACGAAUUUCUGAUUCCCAUUAAGAAAUUCCUUGUUAAGAUGGUUAAAAAGAAACAAUUAGUCAUUUCAUUUCAGAUACCAAAGAAGAUUAGCUGUAUUUCCUGAGCUGCUUUUCUGAUAGGCUCUCUCUGUUUUAGCAUUUACUGUCAAUUUACUUCAACAUGAAGCAUUCCUGAUCAAGUUCAGAGGUCGAGAAUUGUCCUUAAACUUAAUUCUCUGAAGGCAACAAUGAAAAGGGAACAAAGUGUUUUAUAGUUUUGCCAUCUCUUCUUGUUUGUGCCAAACCCAAGCCUUGCUGGAGAAGCACAGUACUGUUACAGGAGGCCAGCUUUAUCUUCUGUGUAUAUGAAGGAAAUUGCUGUGGAUGCUUCUUUAACAAGGAAAAAGGGAUGUGAGCAAGCAAGGGAGUAAGAAGGAAGUCCUACUUGUAGCAGUCCCAUGCCAAGAGAUCCCUGAAUCCCUCCCACAUGUUCCAGGCUAACCAAGAGAAGCCCAAGCAGCAACCAGAAUAGCUCAUGAAGAUGAACAGGAGAAGGGACAGGAAUCCUGCUGUCCCUUUACAUGUUGUGAUCUAUGUUUUAAUGGCUGAAAGCAGAAAGGUUGGAUUUCUUGUUUAGUGUGUCUUGUUUGUAUUCCUAACUGGAAGAAUUGUUCAGUCAGAGCUCCUAUAAAAGUAUUUGGUCUAUUGGAGUGAAAGCAGCUCACUUAGAUCAAGGGUCGGCAGGAUUAAGUCAACAAGAAGAGGUACAUUGAAUCUGGGCAUGAACUGUCCAUGUCAUCAAACAGAAACUGGACCUGUGUCGCCAUCCAUGUCCCCUCCUUGGGUUCUAACUUAGUAUUCUCCAUCCCAAGAUGUUGGCCCAUUUCUGCCAGUAUGCAACUGGAGGAGAACUUAGACUGAAGACAUUGCUUAUAUCAAAGCUGAAGAGCAGCUCUUAUUAAAAUUAGUAUUUGUUUUUUUAAAGAAAGGCUGUUAAUUUGAAAAGGUAAUUGAUUUUAUAUACCUAUCUUUUAGUACACACCACAACCAAUGAAGCAAGAUUCCAGUCUAUCACCUCAAGUUGCUUACAUCAUCAAUGUUGUGUUUCAGAUUCAAAACUUCAACAUAAGAUUAAACAGUUCCAAUUAGAACACAAAUACUUUUAAAGCCCCUGAUCUCCUGCACACAAAAUGACUUAAUAUGAAUGUCUGAAAAUUAGUGUGCAUAAAAGCAGCUCUUGAAUGCAUUUGAAAACAUGGGAAAACACCACCAAAAGGGAGCAAGCACUACUACUCAUGUCCUGCCAUUCCAGCACAUGUACAUCUCCUCAGAAGAAAAGCCAAGAGAGGGGAAAGGCAGACAGGUUUUCAGCGGGUGCUGCUUCAUCUCACCCCACUCCUUGGGGCUCUGUCUGGUCCUUCCCCAGUGCUGCUCCUGUUCCCCACCUCUCUGCUUGAGGGUCUCCCAUCUCUGAUGAUUUGCAGUAAGGCUCCUUCUGACCUCCCUGCACUCUCUGGGACCUGGAGUAUUAGGUGCAGCCUUGCUGCAUGCAUCAGGGUCUGUGCCUGACCCCACAGGUAUAGGUUGUCCAGAGGGGAUGGUCCAGGAUGCCCUUUUGAAUCAUGACAGCUUUCUUCUGCUUUACUUCAUGCACGGUGUGUGGUUUUGUUUUUAAGCAAGCAUUAACUCCCUCUGCAGCCAGUACUGCAUUUGCACCAAUGUACUUGCUAUGAAACAACUAGACUGUUUGUACACAGCAAGAGGAAGAGGUAAUGGGAACUGCACAGAGAGGCAAGAAAAUUACCCGAAAAGCAGCAAGCUGCCAAGCCCAGUAACCACACUGCCUCCUGCUGCUGUCACUUGGAGCUAGAAUCUGAGUGGGGGAACCAACAGCCUCUCACCUUUUACAGAACUGGCUAAGAGAGAACCUCAGGUGACAGAAUCCUAUGAAAGGAAUGGAUGUACUCUGGAAAGCAGAGUUCUCUGCACCUUCUGCCCUAACUGUUGUCUUCUCUGUUUGCUUUAUUGUUUGGUAAACCAGUGCUUACUAUCACCUUUACUACGUGAUGUAUGGGAGUAUAUUUUCUUGUUAUACAAGGAGGAGUAUAAAAUAGUUUUCUGAUUUCUUUCAGAAGCAAAUGACUAUUUUAUUUUUUAAGAGCAAUUGAUUGUGAAUCUCAGAGUAUAAAAGAAGAGAAAUAAGCCAAAUCUAUACCUUUAUGUAAAUUAAGAAAUAAAAGUAUUUAAAACAUA